ACGACAGUUGUCCUCCAUUUCCGGCAUAAACACAUGGACGCCUGAGCUACGAAAACACAAGAGGUCAAAAGUUAUGGUCGCAAUCUUUAACACAAAUAGAACGUAACACAGAGACAUGGCCAGCUCCAUGGUGGCAGCGGGACUGGCUCUGGCAGCAGCUGGAUUUGCAGGUCGCUAUGUUAUGCAGGCCAUGAAGCAGAUGGAGCCCCAGAUGAAACAGGCCCUUCAGAGCUUCCCCAAAACAGCAUUUGGAGGAGGGUACUAUAGAGGUGGAUUUGAACCAAAGAUGACAAAGAGAGAAGCCACUCUGGUUUUAGGUGUCAGUCCCACAGCCAACAAGAAUAAGAUCAGAGAAGCCCAUAGAAAACUGAUGAUCCUGAACCAUCCAGAUAGAGGUGGCUCUCCCUACCUAGCAGCAAAGAUAAAUGAAGCAAAGGAUCUGAUGGAAGGACAGGCCAAGAAAUAAGUGACUUCACGCUGAUCUUAUUCAUACACUGACUCACUUGAGCAAAGUCUGGAUUUUUCUAAUUGUUCUCAAAUAAAAUGACACUGUACAAAUGCAAAA